ACAUGAUACCUAAUCAAAGACUCAUUCAUUUAUCAAUAUGCAAUUUGCUACAGCAAAAUGUUAAAUCAUAUCAAGAGAUUUUGUCAUUAGUUCUUAUCCAUUCAAGAGCAAUUAAACAUAUAUAUCUAAUUUCAGAAUACACAUUUCUAACCGGUGAACAAUGAGUCGACAUAUCAGAAGAAAAGAAAUAUCUAAUCUUGAUUCAUUAUUAGCAUAUAUAUAUGAAGAAUAUAUAGAGAUUCGGGAAGAAGACUUCACCCUACAUUAUAGAGUCUUUGACGUUAUUUUCCAACAACUCAGAAAAAAGAUGGAAGAGGUCGAUGAACUAUAUAAACGUCACACCAGUACGGUUGAUUUUAUGGGAAGCCAUUAUGACCGCUUGCGUAUAAAAAAACCAGACGAAUUUGAUACAUUCAAUAUUAUAAAAUUGCCGUCGGCAAUCGUGGCAUGUCCCGACUUUCAAAUAAAAGCAAGGGAAGCCGCCUUUGUUUACAUCAAGAUGGGUGUAAAAUGCAGAAACGUACUUAUGAACGGUCCUAAUUCAGAUAUUGAUAGAAAAAUUCUUACUUGGAUUGAUAGCAGUGGUUAUUUGCGGCGUUCGUGUUUAUUCUAUUGGUACAAAGGCGUAGUUGAUAGAGCAUUGAAUGAAUUUAAAAGGAAUACGAAUUAUGCCGUUUUUCACGUUGACGGAAAGCAGUAUACUGUGAUAAGAUCGGAAUCGGGGCCCGCGAUCACGCUCAAAAUAAAGAGUGUAAAUGGUAAAUUUAACAUGGACGUGGAUCUUGUGCCCGCUUUGAAGUUCUCCGAAGACCUUUGGCCGCCGGGCCCUGGUUAUGUGGAAAUACCGCCCGGUUGCAAUAAAGGCCAUUGGAUGGUUGUGCCGAAACCAAAUAAAUAUAAAAAAGGAGUCGUGAAACAACGUUCAUGGCGGAUAGCAAUGCCUCAACAGGAGCGUCAGAUGAUACAUAAUUCUUACAAUCUGCGUCAGGCGAUAAGACUGGUAUUAUACUAAUAAAUAACAAUAUCGUCGGUGAUAGUGCAAUACCACGUAACUAACUCUCGUAAGAGUAAAUUUUGAUUGAGGUACAUUAAGAUGCACAAAGUUCAUUAAAGUGACAUUAAUUUGCACUUGAUUGCCAAUUAUUGGUAUUGCACUAUUCCUAUCCUUACUUAUCACGGGCUUCAAGCCAUAAAGGCGUAAAAGCAAUAACCUUACUUUUCAAGAGUCUAUCAUAUGUCGAAUAGUAUUUGAUUAAUAUAUUUUUAAGUAAGU